UGGGUUAAAACAGGAGCAGAGAAGGUCUUGGUCUGGGUUGCCCUACCUCAACAAGAUCAACAACAACAUUGCAUCGCAGCCCUCAAAACAUCAAGACCAAGACAUCAGCACAAACUGAGGGGGGGAAACGACGACCAGGGAUAAGUAGGGGGGAGAGAAGGACCUGUGUGAAACUAAAUUAAGUACAGGAGUGGCGAUGAUAUAGAGGCAGACAUCUCUACAGCGUGGCCGGCAAGGAGCAGCUGAUCGAGUGUUGCGUCACGCGGGGCUCUCAUCUGGCCUGUCAGCUGGACUCAUUCACACUGCAAUGGCCAAACACUUAGCUCAGGUGGUGAUUGCCGGCAUGCAGGUGGUUGGCCGUGCCUUCGCCAAAGCCUUGAAGCAGGAGAUAGCAGCAAGCCAGCAGGCAGCACAGAGGGCAGGGGGCGGGGCAGCUGGGGCACGGCAUUCAGCAGCCAAUCAGAAGCUGGGCAUGACACUAGAGGAGGCCAAGCAAAUCCUGAACAUAGAGGAACUGAACGAGGAGAAGAUCCAGAAGAAUUAUGAGUAUUUGUUCAACAUCAAUGACAAGAGUAAGGGAGGAUCUUUCUACGUCCAGAGCAAGGUGUUUCGUGCUAAGGAGCGGCUGGACAAAGAGCUGGAGGAUGUUGUGGCAGCCAAACAAAAGCAGCAGCAUCAGGAGGCCACUCAGGACAGCAAAACCUGAGGCUGGCCAUCACCCACACUGCCUCACCCAUUGUGAUACUGACCUCAGCAUCAGCCCGGCCAGGGGAGCCAAGCCAAUGAGCUGAGAUACACCCAUGCAGGAAAAAAAAUAAUUAGGCCUUUCAACCCAAAAAUAAAUACUAACUUAAAAUGACAGUUCAGGUUCCUCUUGCCAUUCACCUAAGUAAAUACACCCAGUGACUGAAUUGGCCACUUGAUGAUGCAGAUAAAGUUCAAAUUCACAGUUAAUUAGUAAAUAAUUAAAUAAAAUAGAAUUCAUCCUCCUAGGAAUAGAACUGUUAGGGUUCAUGUUGUAUAAAGUUGCUAGGAAACAUUUCUGAGGAGAGUGAGGACCGAGGAGAUUGUCUGUAGCGACGAGAACUUGUCAUGUAUCACACUACACUACCUCCUGUGCUGGUGUUUGUAAAUAAGAAUUCCUUUGUUAACAGUGUUUCUCUUUCUCUCUCUCAAGCAAAGUCAGUCUUCAUAAACAACUCCAGUAAUCUUGCAUUAGUCUACUGUAUAUUUUAUACACAAAUGUAUACAAGAAAUGGGCUGAUGACAGAAGUCACAUUGGCUGCAUAACUUUACACUCGCGUCACACAAAUGUAUCUGCCAGACAGUGAAAUACAGUGUUACUUCAGUGUCAAGUACAUGAGAUACCAAGAAGUCUAUACUGGCUUUGAUCCUCCCUUGGUUAUAGUGGAAGUGUACAGUGUGUAGUACAGAGAGACCUCUCAAGUGUGCACUGCUAUCUGCUAGAGAGAGACCAUUAACUCUUCAGGAGCUCUCCCUCUCUCUGUCACCCUCUAACUAUACAAAUAUGAUACUUGAAAAGGUUUCCUAACGUAAUAGUUGGUGGCAUAACACAUCUUAAUGAAAGCCAUAUACAUGUAAAUCUUUUGUAUCUACUGUUCUUUUGCCUUUCCAACAAUUCUAAUGGUACAGAUCUUUCUUAAACAACCUGACUCAACCUGCUAAUACUUUGCUCAGUUUUGUACUUUGAAGUUAAUUAUGAACUGUAAAUACAAGACUAAAAGACAAUAAAAUACUGAAGAAAUUGAAAUCUUCAGCCACAACUGUCCAGUACUUUCAGUGCCAAAAUAAACGUUUCUAUUUCAAGUACAUCUCAACAUGACAAGGAGCAGCAGCUGAGAAAACAUGCAACUGAAAUAAUGCAAAUAUUUAUAUGGCACUAAAAUGUCCCAAUCUGUUAAGUUAUUUUCCAAUUCAAGAGCAGACAAUGCACAAUGGUGUGAAGUUGACUUAUAGUGAACAAACUGAGAAUAAGACAAAUUUUCCAAGUGGUAGAAACUGUAAACUUACUGAAAGGGUCUGCAAGUGAUGAUCUCAAGACAAUAAUUAACACCCCACCAAAAAAAAAAUCACAUAAAACACAUGAAUAGUCACUGCACUAAAUGACACUGAUUAUAAUGACAGUGAAAGAUCCCAUAUUUCAGAUGACAACCUUCCCCUCACAGCAGACCAAACACCAGCAUUUAGUUGUUAGUCUUGGUUUGGUAAUGUACAUAUCAAGAAAAGUGGAUAAUCUUUCCCUAUUAAUUGUACACACUUAGCGGAUCUCUCUGUAUUACACUAUCUACUGGUAAAACUCUCUCUCUCUCUCUCUCUCUCUCUCUCUCUCUCUCUCUCUCUCUCUCUCUCUCUCUCUCUCUCUCUCUCUCUAACACAAA